GAGGACGCUGCGCGUAUUUGGCUGGUGAACCAGCUAGGCGCGACGCUCUUUGCUAGCAAGAGCGGAGGCUACCACACGACCGUGUACUGGAUAGGGAUGUUGCAGGAUCUUGGCCGAGUGUUCGAGUACGCGUGGGGCGCGAUUGCGCUCGCUACGUUGUACGACCAGCUUAGUCGAGCGUCCAGGAGGGGGACGACCAAGAUGGGAGGUUUCAGCUCGCUCCUGCUAGGAUGGGUCUACGAGUACCUUUCUGACCGCGUCAUUAUCCGGAGGGCGGAUCCGGAGUACUCGUAGGACCAGCCUAGGGCGCGGCGGUGGGUUACGUCCCGGGUCGGGCAUGCAUGCCUUGAUGAGAGGCGAGUCAUGCUCGAUGAGCUGACGAUGGAUGACAUUAUAUGGACCCCAUUUGAGGACCAUCGGGCUCAUCGACCACGGGAUCCGAGGGCCAUGUAUUCUGGCUACAUCCGGACACCAUUUGGCCGUGUUGUUCGACGUCAUCUACUAGAGAGGGUUCUGCGCCAGUUUGGCUACAUACAGGAUGUCCCUCGACACCCCUCUGAGAUCCAGACGACUAGGUCCCUUGCUGGCACCGCAGAUGCUGCCUAUGCUGACUAUGUGCCGCACCUGCGCCCUCAGGGGACCCCUGCUACUUAUUCGGGAGAGGCUGUGGAGGAUUACAUGAGGUGGUAUAGCGCUGUGUCCCAUCGGUUCAUCAUCCCUGAUGAUAGGAGGGAGGAGUUCAGUGCUGUGACUGUUAUGCGUCGGGCCGUGGACUUGUUGGAGCAGUCACUGGAGGUGCCAGAUGCUCUUGCAGUGGGCACGCAUGCCCGAUCCCUCACUGAGAGGGCGCUGGAUCUUAUUAGAUCCAAUGCCUUCAUUGGUACCCAGGGAGUAGCCUUUGCUGCUGUCCGAGGAGCUAGAGCUGUGGGAGGCAGAGGUCGUGGAGGCAGAGCGCGUGGGGGCAGUGCCCGUGGAGGCAGAGCCCGGGGAGAGGGUGCUCGUGGAGGCAGAGCUCGUGGACCUAGAGGUCGUAGGGGGGCCGGUAGGGGUCAGGGCGAGUGAUUGACUGUAUAUUUGUAUAUUUUUUGUGUAUUUUUAUAUUAUGACACGUGACUCUUUGUAUUAUGACUCUCUUUAUAUUAAUCAUGCUUUCUA